UUGUGAAUUUCGCGUGGUCAGUAGUUGCAGGAACAUGCCUCUGAGCUAACACAGCACUCUUUACGCGCGAAGAAGGUUGAAAAUAUAAUUAGAAACCAAAAUAGAAAAUUGGACGUUGUUAAAAGGAAAAAACAAAACGAAAAUCUAUGUAAAAAAAUUUGAAAUAAAAAGUUAAAAAUAAAAAAUAUCUGCAAAAAGAUCGAAAAGCAAAGAUACAUAACUCAAUUAUUUCCACAAAACAUAAAAACGACUCUAUUUCCCACUUAAAAGCAUAAGAACUUUAUACAAAGCGCAAAGAGAAUUUAAAUUAAACCCAACUAACAGCAGCAAUAGAAGUCUUUUGCCUUUUUGGAAAGCAUUUUGCGCUACCUAAAAUUAGGUGCAAAGACAAGAAUUAUUACAAAAAAUUUCAAUAAUUUAAACUACAAAUAUAAAAGACAAAAAUACAAAUUACAAAUAAUUUCAAUAAAUUCAACCACAAAUAUAAAAGACAAAAAUAAUUACAAAAAAUUUCAAUAAAUUCAACUACAAAUAAAAUAUAAAAUGCGCAUUGCUUGUAGCGGCAGUUUUAUUCACAUUUGCUUGUUACUGAUCAAUUUUUUAUUGCUGUGCAGCAGCGACGCGCAACGCACCGUUGGCGCACGCGGCGUAUUGCGAAGAAAUUACACAGGCAAAAAGCCCGUUGUCAUACAACAUCGCUCACAGGAUGCGGUCAAUUAUUACGAUCACGAAAAUGGUGCAAAGAUAAUAAAAUCAUCGCACUUUGAAUUGGAUUAUACGCUGGGACGAAAAAUCACAUUCUUUUGCAUGGCUCAGGGCAAUCCGCGUCCCACAAUUACUUGGUUCAAAGAUGGAGCUGAAUUGUAUCAGCAUCGUUUCUUCCAGGUGCACGAGUCACACAUCGAUGCGGAUAUCAUAAAAUCGAAAAUGGAAAUCGAUCCGACCACACAAAUGGACGCAGGCUACUACGAAUGCCAAGCGGACAACAUUUACGCGAUCGAUAGACGCGGUUUUCGCACAGACUAUGUUAUGAUUAAUUUUUAG